AUGGAGUUGUUCUUGUGUCGAGUCAGUGUCACCGGGCUUGACGACUGUGACACUGACGCUAACAUUAAAACUAAGCACUGCCUACUGUGGGUGGCAGCAACACGAAGGAGUCUUUGGCAAGGUGCGUCGUCUCUGAACGUUCAGCCCUACUUCGACAUCCAUUACUCUGAUGUCCGGUGCAUUGUCGGAGAAUUGGGUAGUUUCAGCGUCGACUGGCUGCUCGGAGGGCUAACGAGGCUGCCUCCGGAGAUCUUGAAGAUGAUCUGGGACUUUUGCAAUGAUACUUGGUACUGCAGCGUUUUGGAUCUAGCUCGUCAUGUGACAGCGAUGCAGGAGAACAACCAACUCCAGGACCGAAUAAUUCCGCUCCUUAACGUCAAGACUUGGGUUCGUGGCAAUGCACCGCAACUCGAAGGCAGUGCAAGUGGCUCAAUUGUUCGUUUGGCAAUUGACUCGCGAGGUCUCCUGUGCAUUGAGAGACUAACACAGUUGGAUCGAAAGAUAUCCUCUCGGUCCGACUGCAUGGGCUACAUUGUUGAAGCGGCUGAACGGUUCAAUGGUGUGUCCGUGGACUUCCAAGUAGUUUGGUAUGGCCAGACUACGGGGAGUGACUAG